CCCUGUAUUUUGCAUCCCAGUCCUAGAGUGGCAGUGUGGGAGGGGUGUGUAGGUGAUCCCCAGGAGCAAUUAGCUAAUUCACAUUUCAGUAUCAGUACUUAGCUCAAGCCAGCAGUGUCCCCAUAUUGCCAUGGGAACCAGGAAGGCCUUUUUGUUCAUAACAGCGUGCAAAAGAGGAUUUUAGACUCCACAAUCUGUUCAGCCAAGGUACCUUAGUGGCUUUUCCCAAAUGGUGUACAUAUCUUUUCAAGUCCCAUCUUCAUUUCUUUUUUUUUUUUUUUUUCCCCACGGACUUAAAAUCACAGAACAGGUUGGGUUGGAUUUUAAUUUUAAGGAUACUUUGUUUCUAAGUAAUUGGGAGGUAUUUUAAAUUAAUCCCUACCUUCAUUAAUGGAAGGGUUUUUUUAACAAGACAUGCAGGGAAGUGAUUGGAAUAGAUGAAAGCCCUUAUUUUUCAUCAGCUACUACUUAGUGCUUGAAACUGAUUUUGAGAUACGAUCUAUUUUAAAGCUAGAAUAAGAUUUUGUAUCAUAUUUUAUUUGCAUUUUUCAUUUAUCAAGUAUUAAAUCAACAAAAUCUUUAGGUUUUACUUGAUUAUGUUUUUAGUUGAUUACAUUUUUAGUUGAUUACAUUUGAUUAUAUUUAUAUGAAUUUUUAUUACAUUUUUGAGACAUUAAUGCAGUUAAUUUAUACUUGCUAAAAAUACUUCCAUGACAUUCUGUGCUUUUGCUGGGUAAGAAGAAAUGGUUUAUGCAGAUAACAAUGGAACAUUUCCGUGUAAUUCUCUUGUCAUGGCAUUUCAAAAUCAGUCUAUCAGUGUAAUUAAUCUCAAUUCACAAAAUUCUCUCUGUGGCUCUGUGUUUGUCUGGUGCAUGUAGACAUACACAAAUAAAUACCAGUUUACUUGUUGCUAAUAGGAAAUGAGUUGAACAGGAAGAGCAGAGCUGGGAGAGUCAGUUAUUAGAACAUCAGGCUGGUGUGGCCUGUUUGCCUCAAUCUCUUUAAAGGCCAAGCAGACGAAGAAAGCAGUUUAGGGAUGAUUAUCUGCAUAGUCCCCGAGGCACUCCCCGCACAGUUCAGGUUAAGAAAAGAUCGUUGCUGGCUCCUCCCAGAUUACCAUCCCCGAUCCUAUUAGCAACAGGAAACACCAGGGGAAUUCAUUCAGCUUCUCUGUAAAACGUGACUGCCCUACAUCAUGUUUCUUGUGGUUCAUACUGCAGCAAUGAAGGGAUCAGCACUCACUCAUUCAUUUUGCAGGGUAACAGGUACUGCAAUGGCUGCAGGAGUUUUGCUGCAAAAUGAGCAACCAUACUCCUCGCUGAUAGAGAGCAGUGUGUAUCUGGCAAACAUGAGUUCAGGCUUCCCCUUUCAGUGCAGUCUGAUGCACAGACAUUGGGAUGACAGAGGCUUUUUACAUCACUAUAAUCCAUUCUGUACACAGUCACUUUUUCAAGUGCUGCAAUCUUUCCUGCCACCUCAUUCUCCUGUUCAGCACACUGGAAGCAAAGUGGGAGGCAAUUUGCCACCUCAUACCUACCUUCAGAAGCCUGAAGCACUCAGCUGACACACCUUCUCCUCUUACUGAUCUGCUUUCUGUCAGGCUGAAGGGUUACAGCUUUGCUUCAUAAAAAAACUGUGCCCUGGAAAAAAAACCCCAGCCUUUUGUUUUGGAUAACAAAUUGUGUUUUGUUAGAAGGCAAACAGUCUACAAUUCGUCAUAUACUGAAGCAUUUCAGCAGGAAUACACUAAUCCCAGUCAUUACACAGCUAAUGAUGCAUUUUGGAGCAGCAAAGUGGAGGAGGAGAGGUGGCUGUGGAAUGAAGAACCAAGAGAUGGGGGAGUAUAAUGUGCUUCCUUACAGAUCUCUCAGGAGGCAGAGCCUCCAGCUACAUUUUGAUUGUUCUGUUCAAUGGAGUAUUUUUGUGUCUUAGCAGUUCUGAAUGCCUGUUAUUGAGCAGGAACUAAAUACUCCCAUUGUUUAUGACAAACAAUUUAGUUGUUCCCAGCGGGUUUGAAAAUUACCUACUUGACAUGCAACUAUUUUCAUCAAGCGGUGGAACAGUUUGUCCCGAGCAGACGAAAUCGCUGUGGAAAGGAGCAGCCCGGGGCUGGCUGGCAGCAGCGCCUGCAUCCUCCGUUACCACGGCGACAGCUCAGCCCCGGGCACCAGCUGCCGAGCGCGCUCGGGGAUGCUCCGCUCCGCAACUUCAGCGCUGAGCAACUUCCCCUGCGCUCAGAGCGCCCCGGGCAGCGGUGCCGGGCGGAGCUGGGGCCGCGCAGCCAUGCAGCCUUCCCCCCGCAGGCGCUCGGCCGUCAGCAUCUUUAGCCAUUUAUUCCAGGGGCGGAGGCAUUCCUCCUCCGAUCCCCUUCUUCGCCUCAGCCAGCGGCGCCGCAGCUCCGUGGUGGAGCUGCUCUCCUCGUCCACGCACCGGGUCAUGGUGGCUCUGUCGUCGCUCAGCCCCGAGGAGCUAGAUGCAACUUUUCCUGAAAAAGAAAGGAGCUCGAGGCGCCCCACGGCCAAGUACACGAAGGUGGGGGAGCGGCUGCGCCACGUCAUCCCCGGGCACAUGCAGUGCUCCAUGGCCUGCGGUGGCCGCGCCUGCAAGUACGAGAACCCCGCGCGCUGGGCCGAGCACGAGCAGGCCCUCAAGGGGCUCUACUCCUCCUGGAUAACAGAUAACAUCCUGGCUAUGGCUCGACCCUCAACAGAAGUAAUUGAAAAGUACAACAUUAUUGAGCAGUUUGAAAGAUGUGGCAUAAAAACCAUAAUUAACCUUCAGCGUCCUGGGGAGCAUGCGAGCUGUGGGAACCCCCUGGAGCAGGAGAGUGGCUUCACCUACCUUCCUGAAGCCUUUAUGGAGGCUGGCAUUUAUUUUUAUAAUUUUGGAUGGAAGGAUUAUGGAGUGGCAUCUCUCACAACUAUCCUUGACAUGGUAAAGGUGAUGUCUUUCGCCCUGCAGGAGGGAAGGGUGGCUGUUCACUGCCACGCAGGACUUGGGAGGACAGGUGUUUUAAUAGCUUGCUACUUAGUUUUUGCCACCAGAAUGAGUGCUGACCAAGCGAUUCUGUUUGUCAGAGCCAAAAGGCCCAAUUCCAUCCAGACCCGGGGGCAGCUGCUGUGUGUCAGGGAGUUCUCCCAGUUCCUGGUCCCCCUCCGCAAUGUCUUUGCGUGCUGCGAGCCCAAGGCACACGCGGUCACCCUGUCCCAGUACCUGACCCGCCAGAGGCACCUGCUCCACGGCUUAGAGAGCAGGCACCUCAAGCACGUGCCAAAACUCAUCCACCUGGUGUGUAAGCUGCUGCUGGACCUGGCUGAGAACAGACAGGUGGUAGAGGCAGAGCUGCUGGACAUCCCAGACCUCUCAGCUGAGAUUGAGAAGACCAUGUCCCAGCUGGCAGCCACGGAGCUCGAGCAGGAGCUGGCCAGGCAUGACAGCGACACAUCAGACUCAUCCCACACCCACUCCUCUGCUCUCGACAGCCAGGACUCACACUUCUCCCUGGGACACGAAAGGGAUGAUUUCUGUAAAAGAAGGAAUGUCGAAUGCCUUCAGCCUCUUACUCAUCUGAGAAGGCGUUUGAGCUACAGUGAGUCAGACCUAAGGAGAACUGAGUUUCUUUUGGAACAGGAUGACACUGCCUGGACAGUGCCUGCUCAGAUCUUAGUGAACAACAAACCCAAGCAGAACAGUGGGGAGGAAUGUUCUGUAAUAGGUGAGGCAAAGCCACAGCUGGAAUUAAACAAAGAGGCAUUAGUGCGUAACACGUGUGUGUUCUCGAGUCAAAGGAGAUUUCAUUUGGAUGGAAGAAGGGAUGGCUCCUAUGACAGAAGGAGCUCUAUCAAAGAAGUACAACGCAGCAAGACCUUUUCCUCCGGCCUUGCGUGCAUGCACAAUCCCAAGGAACCUGGAAUGCCAAGGCACAGCUUUGCCAACGAGACUGUUCACAGGAAGGACCACAAGACCAAUAUAUAUGGCAGGAGAGUCUAUCUCUCUGAGGAUUCUGACUCUUCCUCUUCCAAAGUGAGCUUUUCCAUUGGAUAUGAAAGCAAGAGUGACAGAGAGCUGUCAGAGACAAUUCCACACAUUGUUCUGCAGUCAGAAUUAAGUUUGGAAGCUCGAAGAAUUUUGGCAGCCAAAGCACUUGCAGAUAUAAAUGAAUUUCUGGGAGAGGAUGAAUUGAAGCAGAAGGUAGAAAUGUGGCAGAAAGAACUGAAUUCUCAAGAUGGAGCUUGGGAUAAAAUCUGCACCGAGAGAGAUCCUUUUAUCCUCUGCAGCUUGAUGUGGUCAUGGAUAGAGCAGCUGAAAGAACCUAUUAUAUCCAAAGAUGAUAUUGACAUGCUGGCAAAAAAUUGCACGGAAUCCCAGGAUGCGCUCUACUUGCUGAGAAAGGAGCAGUGUCAGACCAUCCUUUGUAUUUUACAUUGUGUAGUGAACCUGCAAGUGCUGCCAGCUGAUGUGGAGGAGGCCUUACUUGCUCGUGCUAUUAAAGCUUUCACCAAGACAAGCUUCAAUUCUGAGAAUGGGCCAUAUGUUUACAAUACCUUGAAAACUGUAUUUAAACAAACACUGGAAGAAAAAAGGAAAAGGAUUAAAGAGGGAACAGAGAAUCCUUCUUGAUUUCUACACAGCUCUGCCGAAGCAUUAGAUGGGUUUACCAAAUUAUUUUGCAUUUUCCAGCUACUGUAUUUUGUGCUACCUGGCAUGAUCUACCUAACUUCAGGUAAUAGAAGUUAUUAACAAAUAAUUUUAUUUUUUUAGAGGGAGUUCAAGUGGCAUUUGUUCAGUUUACAUGGUUUUAAAGAAUGGCUCCCUGUGACCAUUCUCUGUAGCAUUUUGUUUCAGGUACUGUUCUUUUAUGUUGUCAAGGGUUCUGCUGUUCUCAGCUGUGUUUAUUGAUUUGGAAUUCUCUGUUACUGGCAAGAAACAUUAUUGUCAAGUUACAUGACUGCCAUAAGUUCAGUGCCAUGGUCCCCAAAGGUUUAAUAGAUUAAUAUUUAUGUAUUGCAUAUGUUUACAUUAAUGAUAUUUGAUUUCACUUUGCAGAAAAUAAAUAUUGACUGAACCUGUGAAA